CUACCCUGGGUUGACCUCAUAAAAAUGCCACCAUAAAACAUAAAAAUUUAACGAGUUGAUGUUCGCGAGAGCCACUAAAACCAACACCUAGGCGCCGCGGCUGACAUAUCCGGUCGAGCGUUGAUUCACCGAUUGGUCAAGCUUACAUCCGAGUCGUUUGUAUCCAAAUCUACCCGAAACCUAACCGUUGAACGCAUAAAAAGUGCUCACCAACCGUGGCAGGUCGGCAGAGUUCAGCAGGUCGCAUCGGUGUCAAGUGGGCAGGUUGCAGGUCGCAGCAUUUUAAGAAUGAAAGUUUUGUGGGUCACGCUGGCAGCUGUCAUCGCAGUCGAAGGCUUCUACUACCCACCGUUGGAAACGGAACCAUUUUUCUCGUUUGAUCAGCAGUACUUGGAAGAACCCUUUCAACCGUUGACGACAAGUGAGCUGUUUUCGAGAAAUCCAUUUGAAGAGUACGAGUUUCCUUCGUUUUGGGAGCUGUCUGAGCCGGAAACUCGGUACAUGAACUUCAUAGCUCCACCGAAAUCGUUGCUAAAUUACAGGCCAGCACGAAAGGGUUCCAAAGUUACGCCGAAUGUCUUUGUGAAUGGACGUGGAUACACCACGGAUAGAUAUGUAGCCCCAAGCGUAGUGAAGAGGUUCCUGGCGAUGAAUCCCCGGUGA